CCAUCCUCCUAUUUUCACCUGGGUCCUACAUUCCUCCUUCCUCAAAUUUCUUGGCAUAUCCGGGCCAACGCCCGGGCCGCCCUCCGAAAGAUUGGCAGUAGGUCAUUCCCCUAGGCCAUCGCGAUCCCUAGCAUGUGCCAUCCGAUCUCAGGUGUAAAGGUACUUGGCUAUGGCGGAUGCGUGGAGGUGGAGGGGGAAGAAGGUGUGAAGGUACUUGGCUAUGUCGGAUGGGUGGAGGUGGAGGAGGGAAAAGGUGUGAAGAUACUUGGCUAUGGCGGAUGGGUGAAGGAGGUGGAGGAGGAAGAAGGUGUGAAGGUGCUUGGCUAUGGUGGAUGGGUGAAGGAGGUGGAGGAGGAAGAAGGUGUGAAGGUGNGAUGGGUGAAGGAGGUGGAGGAGGAAGAAGGUGUGAAGGUGGAGGAGGAAGAAGGUGUGAAGGUGCUUGGCUAUAGUGGAUGGGUGAGGGAGGUGGAGGAGGAAGAAGGUGUGAAGGUGCUUGACUACGGUGGAUGGGUGAUGGAGGUGGAGGUGGAAGAAGGUGUGAAGGUGUUUGGCUAUGGUGGAUGGGUGAAGGAGGUGGAGGAAGGAGGUGUGAAGGUGCUUGGCUAUGGUGAGGGAGGUGGAGGAGGAAGAAGGUGUGAAGGUGUGAAUGUGCUUAGCUAUGGUGGAUGGGUGAAGGAGGUGGAGGAGGAAGAAGGUGUGAAGGUGCUUGGCUAUGGUGGAUGGGUGAAGGAGGUGGAGGAGGACGAAGGUGUGAAGGUGGAGGAGGAAGAAGGUGUGAAGGUGCUUGGCUAUGGCGGAAGGGUGAAGGAGGUGGAGGAGGAAGAAGGUGUGAAGGUGCUUUGCUAUGGUGGAUGGGUGAAGGAGGUGGAGGAGGAAGAAGGUGUGAAGGUGCUUCACUAUGGUGCAUCGAUGAAGAAGGUGGAGGAGGAAGAAGGUGUGAAGGUGCUUGGCUACGGUGGAUGGGCGAAGGAGGCGGAGGAGGAAGGUGUGAAGGUGUUUGGCUAUGGUGGAUGGGUGAAGGAGGUGGAGGAGGAAGAAGGUGUGAAGGUGCUUGGCUAUGGUGGAUUGGUGACGGAGAUGGAGGAGGAAGAAGGUGUGAAGGAGGUGGAGGAGGAAGAAGGUGUGAAGGUGCUUGGCUAUGGUGGAUGGUUGAAGGAGGUGGAGGAGGAAGAAGGUGUGAAGGUGCUUGGCUAUGGUGGAUGGUUGAAGGAGGUGGAGGAGGGAGAAGGUGUGAAGGUGCUUGGUUAUGGUGGAUGGGCGAAGGAGGCGAAGGAGGAAGGAGGUAUAAAGGUGUUUGGCUAUGUCUGGUUGUUUGCCUGUCUGCGUGUUUUAUUCCCACCCCUCUUUGUACUACAGAAGGGUCACGUCAUCAAGUGCAAUGGCAGCAAGUGCGACAUCAGCAAGGGCCACGUCAGCAUUGCCAUGUCAGCAUUGCCACAUCAGUCAGUGCCACGUUAGCCGACAGAUUACAGCUAACCGCAACUUAUGCUCCGACGCAGUAAAAGCAUCGCAAAACG